GAAAAACAAGAUUCCAAGCAAUAGAUGUCUCGUGAAAGCCUUCUCUCUUCUGAAAAACCAAUGCCUAGUGAAAGACUCGUCUCUCUAGGGCAAAAGGGUAACAUGACGACUCAUAAACUCGAAAUCACGGCCGUAUCAGCAGAGGGUCUCCUCGACGGUAGAAAUCCGGUGUGGAAAAACGCGUUCGUUGACUUUGAUAUCGCCGGGGAUUAUUGCAACCGGGCGAUGAGAACGGAGGUCUGUGGGGAUUAUCCGGUGUGGAAAGAGAAGCUGGAGACAGAGUUUUCGUUACCAUCGGAGAAGAAAGAGGGUUUCAUGUACGUUAGGGUUUGUUGCGAGAUCUUAGGCGGGAAGGAUAAGCACGUGGGAACGGCACGUGUGCCGAUAAAGGAUUUUACGGGGGAAUAUGCGCCGGAGGGUUUCUUGCAAUGUCUGAGUUACAGAUUGUGGGACGAGUACGGCAAAAGGAACGGUAUUGUCAAUUUCUCGGCGAGGAUUGUUCCGGUUAAUAAGCCGGCCGGUUUACGUCCCUUUUGGUUAAGGUAGAUUUUCUUUGGUUUUUAAUGGUUUCAUCUGGUUUGUUAUUUCGGUAGUUAUUACAUAUAUUCGAUCGGUCUAAUGUAACAAUUUGAACUAAUGAAAUCGAUACUGCGUAUUA